UUCAUGGGAAAAACAUUUCAAUUCACUAUUGGUCCGUGCCUCGUCCGUGCGGUUGUCCGUUUUGGUUCCUGGUGGCAUUUUCAUUGUGAUUAAUCAACCUUGUUGCUUGGUUCUAAGGGUGAACCCAUUGACCACUGACUGGGGUGAGUGUACGUGUGUACGAUUCGUCGGGGAAGUCGAUGUACGAAUAUCUAAUCAGGCCAGUGUCGCUGCCGGAUUUAUAGCAAGGUGCUCCGCUCCGUGUGGAACAAAGAAAGUGAGAAUCGAAUUUAGUUACGACACCCGCGAAGGAUUCGACUGAAGUGGUUACGUGUUUGUGAAGGAAAUUUUGGAAAAUCAGAAACCAACAAUUUCUCCGGGUAGAAGAAAGUUGAAGAGUGCUGGUGUGAAAGAACCCUACAAUUUAUACCACAAUCAAAGUGAGGGUUGAAGAUAAAAAAGUUUUUUUUUGUUUUAACCCCGCUGGGUGAUAUUUGCUGCUGCUGUCGGUGGUGAAAAACUAACGACCCCAGGAAAAGUUUCGAAUUAUUGUCACUCUGGGACGGUCGCAGGUGCACCGAAAGAGGAAAAGUUGAAAAUAAUAGCUACUGAUCGUUGGUGAUAAAUAUUUGAAUUGUGUGAAUCAGAAUAAGUAGCACGAAUUGUGAAUUGUGUUGGAAGAGGAUCCAAAAGGAAGAAGUGGAAACGAAAGGCGAAUUUUAUUUAAAUUACGUGCACAGGAAAAAAGAAGGCAACGAAAACAUCUUCCUCCGCAGAAAGAGAGCAUGUGAGCAAAAUUGAAAGAAUUAUAUGAGCUUGGGAAACGUGCAACACUCUUCGGAAUAGUGAUAUUUUGGUGAGAUACAUUUUGUUGUGGUAAAAAAUUGGCAAGAUUUUCAUCUGAAUUGGCUUUGCAGGUGGUGAUUUUUCGUCUGGCCUUUGUAGGAAACAGUUUAUUCAGACAGUGGUAUAUUGUACACAGUGUAGAAUUUAUCAAUCACGUGCAUAGACACCGAUGGUUUGAGUGCAUUUUUAUGCGCAGGCUACCGUUCACGGCAGAAUAUGUCACACAUCUGGCCAAUCAAGAUCAUGCGUUGAUUUUUCAAAGCACAAGUACUCAGUUGAGAUAAACAUUGCAGCACUAAAUGAAACAGACAAACCGUGCAAACCAGAUCGGUGUGAGAUAAGUGAGCGAACAAGCUAAAAAGUGAAAAAUUAUUUGCUUCGGUUUGUUUUUGUUGUGAGAGCGAUUCUCAAGAGUUAAUGCCACUCAGUGGGAAACUUGUGACAAAGUAAAUGUAAACGAAACAGGACAACUGAAACCAUCAGCAGAUAAGCUCAGCAAGCACUCAACCCCGCUUGAAUUAAGGAAGGACAGGGAUCAAUUAACGGGCAAUUGGAUUCGCACCCGGCGAUAAAUGCUAAUCGUCGUUCGAAAGAUUUGAUUUCCAACUGUGUGCAAAAAGAUGUCCUAAUAUGGGUUACACGUGCGAACAACCGCAUCAUCGCACGUCACCUUCAGAGCAAAGUUGGAUCGAACCAUUAACCUGCAGUCAAUUGUCGGCGCCAGUGACACUAAAAGCAACUGGCUCUGCCACUUUCCCCAUCACCAGCAGCAACAGAAAAUACCAAAAGCAGCACCGGAAAGCCUGCAGCCAAAGCAAACCAGCCCUGCCGGGACCUCACGUCGCCAGAACCCGGCUGACAUCGGAAACCGCUUGUUUCGGAACCAGUUUCCAUUAUCCAUUCAACCUUUUCCAUCCGUUUCACUCAUACUCACUCCAGUAUUCGACGAUCAUUUUAGAUAAACUCUCGCAAUUUAUCACAAAACAUGUAGCCGCGAGAAGUAGCUCCAUCAGUAAUACCACAACAUCAUACGUCCCUAAAGCGAGCCUUUCCGACCAGCCUCCAGUAUCACCACCGCUAGCUGCUGCACCUGUACAUCUGCAUUCCCACGAUACCGGAUGCAGGUCAUUUCCAACCGAGUCUGCCUUAGCUAGCGCACCGGAAUACCAACAACAUUCGUCAUCCCGGGCCUCCGUCAGUACCAGCACGGGACCGGGAGGCACCACUUUGUCAUCGUCAUCGUCGUUAUCACCGCUGCCACCGCCGUCGUUGUCUUUUGAUCCAUCGAGCGCACCAGUUGCAUGCAUUGGCAGUACAGCAACCACAACUGGUUGCACUAAGCUGACACCCUCUUCGUCAUCGUCGUCGCUGUUGGAAUUAGCAUCAUCAUUAUUACCACCACCACCAUCCCUCUCCUUACCGACAUCUACUUCGUUUCGUCACGAUUUUAGCCAUCAGCUGCCUUCAACGGCUCCUCCUGUAUCACACCCGACAUCAUCGACAGCGAUUUUGACCUCUGCAACUACGACUGCGACUACGACUGCGGCUGCGACAGCGACAACGACGACGGCGACGGCGGCGGCUAAAGCUAGUAGUAGCCAUUAUCUUGUAAGACACUCACUCUGUUUGUACGCCGCGUCUAGCGUUAUAUUAGCAUUAUGUUAUCUAACAAUACCAACAGUUGCCUCAGAAGCACCACACACUAUGCGAGGAAAGACACGAUUCGCCGAAGGAAAGUCAGACAAAGAAAUUUUAGAUCAUCUAUUAAAAGGCUCGCGAUAUGACAAAAGGUUGCUGCCACCAGUUGAUGAUGCGGAUUUCUGCUGCGGUAUGCAAACGCCGGAAAUGGCAAAACAUAUGCCCGAUAUGCGCGUACCAGGACGUCCCCAGAAUCGCGGCUCCCUGACUGUAAAUAUUAGUGUACUACUAUUAAGCUUAGCAUCGCCAGAUGAAUCUAGUCUAAAAUACGAAGUGGAAUUUUUACUCCAACAGCAGUGGUAUGAUCCUCGGUUGCGAUAUGCCAACCACUCGCAGUAUGAAUUUUUGAACGCAAUCCAUCACCACGAGGAUAUCUGGCUGCCGGAUACGUACUUCAUCAUGCACGGGGACUUCAAGGAUCCGAUCAUACCGAUGCACUUUGCGCUACGGAUAUACCGCAACGGUACUAUCAACUAUCUUAUGAGGAGGCACUUAAUACUUUCGUGUCAAGGUAGACUGAACAUUUUUCCAUUCGAUGAUCCGCUGUGUUCAUUCGCGUUAGAAAGUAUAUCGUACGAACAGUCAGCAAUACGGUAUGUUUGGAAAAACGACGAGGACACUCUCCGGAAGAGUCCUUCUCUAACUACGCUAAAUGCGUACUUGAUCCAGAAUCAAACAAUAACCUGCCCCAUCAAAGCCAGCUGGCGAGCCGAAGGACAAACAUUGUCAGAGGAAGACGAAGAGUUUCUCUGUAAUUUAUGUCAGAGGCGGUUUGAGGAGCAAGGAAAUUACAGUUGUCUGAAAGUGGAUUUAAUAUUUACAAGAGAUCGAGCGUUCUAUUUCACAACCGUAUUCAUUCCCGGCAUCAUUCUGGUGACGUCAUCCUUUAUCACCUUUUGGCUGGAGUGGAACGCGGUGCCGGCCAGAUCAAUGAUAGGUAAUUACAGUUGCCUGAAAGUAGACCUAAUGUUCACGCGUGACCGUGCGUUUUACUUUACCACCGUAUUCAUACCGGGCAUCAUUCUGGUGACCUCGUCCUUCAUUACCUUCUGGCUGGAGUGGAACGCCGUCCCGGCUCGGGUCAUGAUAGGCGUCACGACAAUGCUGAAUUUCUUCACAACCUCCAACGGUUUCCGCAGCACACUUCCGGUAGUGUCGAACCUGACGGCGAUGAACGUGUGGGACGGUGUGUGUAUGUGCUUCAUCUACGCCUCGCUGCUGGAGUUUGUCUGUGUCAACUAUGUUGGCCGGAAGCGACCGCUGCACAAUGUUGUAUAUAGGCCCGGAGAGAAUCCAGUCACUCAGCGUCUUCCAGCUGUCCUAAACAGGAUCGGAAUAAUUCUCGCAAGUCCCCUGACAUCAAGAUUAUACUCGGAAACAAUCGAGACCGAGUUCCGCACGGCCAUCGCAGCAGAGAAGUCAGCAACAGCCGUUUCAGUCGCUCAGCCAAUGACUGGUUCUACAACUACGUCGUCCCCUGCUAGCGGCGAUGGUCCAAAAGUAGCAUCCCGCCCGGCAAGUGUUUUAAUUGAGGAAGGUGCCACCCUGGAUGAUCGGACCAAAACAGCUACACAACGUGUUCAGCGCCAACCGACCGUUCAAACUGAAAUCAACGAGGCUGGAGUGAUGGAAACGAGCUUUGGUGUCAAGAAACGAGAAUCCAGCGGACCGAACGAGAUUGUCGCCUGCACGAGCUGCGCGGGCGGUACCAGUCCAUGUACACACUCGGCAAAUAACGGCUGUGCCACUGAGACAUGUUUUGUUCAGAUGCGAAAAAAAGAACCACCCCAUCCGAUACGGGUGGCGAAGACGAUCGACGUUAUCGCCCGGAUCACCUUCCCGUCGGCGUACGCAGUGUUUCUCAUAUUCUUCUUCAUACACUACAAAGGAUUCUCCUAGAAUACGAUCAACAAGCAUCUGCUUCACAAGAUUUAUACCAAUAAUCUGCUGUAGCGAAGGAGUGAUACCGAUACAGAUGCUUCGAAUAUACACGUCACACCGAAGAUGCGAUCUAUCUAUCGAUCACAUUUCAACGCUAGCAAAUAGUAGAAGCCAUAACCAACACAAUACAUAACCAACAGGAAGACACCGCAUCACUACCAGGACAGCGAAGUUUUGAUACAAACCAUACCUAGCAAGAACAGAUUUUGGUUUUUAUCCGAAACUAGUAAAACACACCAACAAAUGUAAAAAGGUUUUUAGGCUUGCAGUGCAAAUAAUUAAUAGGCAACCAUCGAUCAACAGGUACAACCUUUGAUUUCUUACCAAUAGUAGAUGAUUAUGGUAAAACGUAAAACAACAAAAACAAAUACUGCCUUUUGAUAAAACAAGAAUAACAUCAGAAAUAAAUCAAAAAAAAUAAAACUGAACAUUAUGAAUGCUGUAAUGACAAACAAAUACAUAGAAACAAAAUGGUGAAAUAACUGUAUAUACAAGAUUUUUCCAUAACUAGUCAAAUUCAGUAUACAGACACGAAAAAAAAUCAGUAGUCAACCACGUUCAAGCGACAGAAAUCAGUUAGUUAUAAUUUGUUAUCCAAACAGAUCUUCUUGCCAUUGCCAUUGCCAAUACAAAUAGAAGUGUAUUUUACCUGGUAGAGUAUGUUUGAGAAUUAUCUCAAUUAAGCCAGUGCUAGCAAAUCGCUCGUGCAUAAAUCCCACAAUGGUUUUCGAAUUACAAUGAAGGAAUACUCAAAUGAGGAAUGAACAAACCAAACACGCCAAGCCAAUGACAAGAAAUUUUGCAAUCAAAUAGAAAUUUAGUAAGAAUUGACAGAAAUCAUAGCAAUAUUAUUUAAGUAAAAGUCUAAAUAAUUAUAUGAAUAUUUAUACGACGGAAAACGAUUCAAUGAUACAGCUUAGGCAAGAGAAGAAUAAUCUAGUCAGAUAAGCACACACAAACAAAUUAAACUUUUUUUAAGUAAAACAAACUGUUUGAACCACAUUGUAUUUUAUACCCGUUUUCUACGAAGUCUAAGUGUAAAAUUGAAGAUGAUUUCGAUCCAACGGAUGAAGAUAAUGUAGACACACGGUAUUAAGUGUGAGAGCACAGAAGAUUUCUAACUAUUCGCUAGAACCAAAAAAAAACAAACCAAAUAUUCUAAUCGAUUGAAUCGGAAGGCUUAUUUUCAGUAGUGCCGACAAGAAUGGAAUAAACCAAAGAAAAAGCGUAGAGAAGCUGACCGGAACGUAUGCUGCUACUACUACACUGGAAACGUACCCACUUAGUCUAACAAUCAGCGCAGCUUUUGUACAGCUAGAAUACAUGAAAACAACACAAAUUUCACAGCAAAUCUCAGGAUGAUUUCUCUUCUUUAGAAGAUUGGUGAUCUUAACUUGUCAAAUUGGUAGCCGGUGAUGACGCCAGUUGAGAAUAUACAUAAUUGCUUCGGAAACAAAUUGAUUACAGCGGCAUUAAAUCUAAGUUUUAUCCGAAGUUUAUACUGAAAUCUCAUCGAAAUUAUGCUAAUCAACGAUUUUGGGGUAUUUCUUAUUUAUCAGUUCAUAAAUAACAAAAAAUUGAGAUUGAAAUAAUGUUUUUAUUAUUUUUAUAAGAAAUUGAAAUGCAAUUUCAACAGUUUCGGAAAGACCCUUACAUCGACGGAAAGACGGCAUCAAGAUUUCGCUACUUUCUUUCCUCGAAUAAUUGUUUGAACCAAUAGGUAGUGAAAAAAGUUUUUGAAGUAAUAGCUUUGUUGCACUUGGGCUGCACGGCCAGUACACAGUGGGAAAAAUAGGUAUCAUAAAAGCUACUUUCCUCAAUAGCGUGAUAGACGCUAAGUACGAUUAUCGAGAACCCCUGGCUGCUACUCCGUUAUCGAUCUGGACUAACUGAAGUUGCACAUGGAAUCAGUAGAUAAUUAUGCUUGGGAUUAACGAAACAUCUUUCAAUGUGUAACUCCUGGUCAUCCUAAAGUGUUUAUUGAUCAAUACCGGCGCCGGCCAGGCCCGAACAUAGAUCGUGGAAGGAAAGGGAAGGAAUGUUAGUCCGAUACUUGCUUUUGCUAGAGGGCGUAUAUACUACUGCGCACUCAACAAGUAUCAUGGGAGGAGGAUAUUUGUUAGUAAGUAUAGCUUUAUGGUGGCCAUAACGAUAGAAAAGAACUAUGCUCGAAUAUUCUUCAACUCCUUCUUCGAAUUUCGAUCAACUGCUAAUUGGAUUUGGGCAUAACAUUGCUGGAAUAAAUGCUGUGUUCGAGGUUGGCCCGGAAAUCUCGAUUGACCGCAGAUGGAGAACGUUCGGACGAUUCAUCUUCUUCGACACCACAGCGAUAUUCAAGCGGUCCAUUUCUUCCAACGACCGUUUGGCGUAGUGGGCCGAUACCAGAUCCUGUUAGAACACCACAUUCUCUUCCGCUUGGUCGUGCCUUAUAAAGUCGGCCAGUUCUGCCGGGCCAUUGGUAGUGCAAAUCACCGCACACAAUAUCCCAGAGAACAAAAAAAACAGUGGCUUCGACAUCCCUUUCUCAUUGAAGGUUAGUCACAGAAAAAUUAACUUCAGGCACGGUCUGUUUGGCGAAACACCUUUAUGCAAAAAAUCAGCAUCAGGAUAUGCAAGAAUGGACUAUCCGCUUUCAUUUGCAGCCAAUUUCAAAAUAAUCCGUCGGAGGGUCUGGAACAACUUUUCUUUGAAGUUUUUAUCGUGAAAGCACAAGCUUUAUAUUAUAACUAGUUCACAUAUCUGCCCCUGGAUGGUGCUUUAAACAUUCUAACAACAAGUGAAAAUCUGAUAGAUAACUUAAUUGUCUACUAACUAGAAAUCGAUCUGAAAUCAUCCGGAUUUUUUUUAGGAUUUUGACGAAGUUAUAUCUAAGUUAGUUUACAGGUCUAGUGGAUUGUAAAUCAACACACUUAUUUUAUUUGCCAAAUAGUUGUGAUUAGUUGAACAGUGCAUUCAGAGAAAUUUGAGUGCUUCAAAAGUCUCACCUUUUAGCUGAAAAGUAUAAUUCCAAAUUCCACCUGAUAUAGGGGCACCAUUGAUGUCUUUGAAAUAAGGAGAUAGGUAAACAUGGACCAAACUUGUACUAUUUUAAUAAUAUUUUCCAAGAUGCUUUCUGCUUUUAGUUCAAGGUGGCAAACUUUCCCAAUAAAUUCUAGGGAGCUUCCUUUUAUCGAAGGGUACUGCUUAGCUGCGGGAGUUUACUUACAUUCAUGUAAGAUCUGAUAGUCGCUUCACGAUUUGAUUGUUUUUGCUUUGGUAAGAUUUAGUUCUUGGAAGGAACACAAGUCGCAUUAUUUAGGUUAUUGUCGUUUAAGCCAACUAUUAUAACAACAGUACACGAAAUCUAUUUUCUUUUAUUUUUGGAAACAGUCCAAAAAAAUCCUCACUAAAUAGACUUUUCUUACUGAACGAAGAUGGUCCAGUGGGAAGUUUUCUUUAUCAUUUGCUGUUGUCCAGGAUGGACGAGUAACGAUUUCGGAAUCAUUUCUCAAAGUGAAUUAUAACAGGUGAUUGUGACGUCUUUAUCCUAGAUCAUGAGAAAUGCAUCCCUUUUGAAAACAAAAUAUGAUUUGAGUACAAGAAAAAGCUUGCAGCUAUACUUUCGGAUGCAUGAAAAUCUUCAAAUAUACCCCAAAAAAUCUAGAACCCAAAACUCAAAGAUUUUUAUUCACUGUCACUUAUAUUACGCCAAUUUUGAAAAGAUAAUCAGGAUUCUUAACCAAGCGUUGCAAUGAAAUCUAUCAAAUGUUGCAAUGCUGAUGAAAGUUUCAUCGAGUUUGUUCAAAUAGACGAUUGAAGUUCACCACAGUAACUGAUAGAGAUUCUGAAAUUAUAAUUUUCGGCAUAAAGAUGACACUUCUCAAACCCUCAAAUUCCUCUGAAUGCACUGUUUAACUAAACACAGCUAUUGGCAGUGGUCAACUCUGUCAAAUGCUGAUUGAGAACCAGCGUCCAUACUUCGUAAGCAGAAUGAAACAAACUGAGCGAGAUUCGUGGAAGUUGAUCGUUUUGGGAUGAAUCCUUGUUGAUCAGGAGAAACCAGAGAAAACAAAAAACCCAUAAUACCCCAUGGUCAUGGUCCAAAUUCACACCCACUGCAAGGUGUUUUGAUGGUAUUUUAAAUGGGAUCAACCCAUGAAAACACCUUGACCACGGUCCGGUAGAUCCCAUGCACAAACUAUAAUUUGGUGUUCUUAUGGGUUAUCGGGACCAUGUUAUUGCGUUUUGGAGGUUGUGAAACUUGGCACGGACCAUAUCUGUGGCCUUUUCAAGGGGUUGUAUGGUGUCUGAACCCACGACAAAUGGCUCGGGCAUGUAGCUUUGACAGAAUGCAGAGAGCACAUCGUUCGUUAUGAUCGCAAAUACUUUGGAGCAGGCAUACAACGAUAUAAUUCCCUUGAAAUUUUCAACAUUUCGCCAUUCUCUUUUUGACGUAGGACUACGUCUUUGUUUUCGAUAUGGGGGUGCACUCUGCAAAUUCUACAAAAAUGGUAUGUAACGAAAAGUGGUCCAAUUUUAAACGCAUAUAAUUCAGCCAUCUCACGAUAAAUUUUCAAAUUUUUUGCGCAAAUCGCCCCGAAAUACUUCUAAGAAUAGAUUCCAAUAAAUAAACCCAAAGAUUUUUGAUAUCAUAGCAUUAAAAAAUUAAAUAAUAUACAACCUUGUCAAAAUAUCACGCAUUAACACACAGAAGAUAGCGCUUCCCAAGCCCUGUACGACAAAUUGGUGUACCUACCGCGCUACGCUUCUAUGAAUGACGUCAUCAUCGACUAUUUCUCGACAAACAUAUGAUUACGGCCAAAAAGUCAACUGUCAAAAUCCACUUUGAAUGGAAAUUCCGAACAAACCGUUACACGCCAAUUACAGAUGUUUGUAGUAAAUGAAAGAGAAAAGUUUUCUCUUUCAUAAACUGUUGUGAACUGUGUUCGACUAGUAACGGUUUGUCUGGAAUUUGCAUUCAAAUUGGAUUUUGACAGUUGGCUUUUAGGCCGUAAUCAUAUGUUUGUCGAGAUUUAAAAAACGGACUUGGCCAGACACGCUCAGUUCCCUAUUGAACGGCUGGCGAAGCAGAUCACUGCGCUGUGUUUUUUACAGCCAGUGUAGCUGAGUUAGAAGUCCGUUACACUGGCUGUGGAGGGACGCUACCCUGUGUCGUCCAACAGGCGACCGCUCCAACUGCUUCCUAAAUGCCGCUGUAAUGUUGCCAGUAAAUUUUUGGUUUAACUAGCACAUGUAUUUGCUAUUUGCGCUUGAGAUUAAGUAAUGUAGUGGUAGUAAUAAGCUUCCCAUUUUGGAUUAAACGCAAGGACAGUUGUUAAAACAGGAUUUGAUUAAUUAGUUUAGCUCAUCUAAGCAUUUUUAUCAAUUCUGUAAUUUAAGAGGAAUUUUACGGAACUUGGUGAAUUUGGCCCCACUUGCAACUGGUAUAAUCAACCUGCACAAAGUGUUGCAUAACGCAGGGCUGUUUUUUGGAACAAAAUGUGUUAUCAUUCAACCCGAUAUUAUGACAGAUGGGCUAAGCGCGGCCGUUCCUUUCAAUCGGGAAAGGCCGCGUGGAAUUUUGGUGAAAUGCGCUAAUAGUGUCGUGGUGGUACUAGUUGUCUCUUUCGCUCUACCCAUCAUCAUCAUCAGCGUUGACUCAUUUUGCAUUGUGCGCUUGGCUUCAAUGUUUGGGGCGAAUGCGUUGGUAGGGAGGGGAACUGGCGGUAAAAUGAACACGUUAAGCAAAGUCAUUAUUUUCUAACUAAUAAGUGAAUGAGAUAUUACAAUCACCUUAUAUGGUUCUUGUUAGACAUGUUUUGUACAUAUCUGGUAAAAAUAAUUCGUCAUAAACACAUUUUUUCAAACAUGAUUCUUGAUUUCUAAACAUGUCCAAAAAUAAGACAUGUUUAUAGCGAGUGGGUAAAAUGAACAUGUGGCGGUGGUAAAAUAAACAGCUUCUGAUGACCCGCAAAAUGUCCUGUAUGCAUGCAAUGCGCAGCGUUGGAAAGCAUUUUCCGAUCAAUGCAAUUAUCCCUACAAAUCAUGAGCUUUGCAUACAUACAGGGCAUUUGGCAGGCAAAAAAAAUUGUCACGGAAGAAUUGAAUUUUCAUGACGUAAUAUUAACCAUUUUUCAAUCCUGUGGCAUCGAAACACAUCUACAAACUUGGGGUUAUCCAUGGGUGUUUGAACUUUUAGGAUCUGUUUGAGAGCAACUAGAAAGCUUGUUCUAUACAUGAGAUGUGAUUAUAUUGUCUAAAAUUUGAUUUUUCUUCACCGGUCCGGGUGUUUUUUCCCACAAACUAAGUACUAAGAAAAUAAAUAUUUUACAUUAAGUAGCAUAGUCCUACGUCUACAGUUCGUGCAACCCCAUAGGGCUGCCCCUUGUAGUUUUUUAACACAGAACACAUAAUUAACUCUUUUCAGCUGGAAAAUAAUACCACUGCAUAAAGGACCUGUUGAAUAGAGAUUUCUACAGUAAAAUUAAUGCAUCCACGCAUUUCACAUGAAAGUAAGCCGUCAAGAUCAGGAGUGACCAAAUAUUUUAGCUUGCUGAUUGCAGCCACAACCCGCCGAUGUAUAACCGUGAAUCUUCCCAAAGGACAGAUAUUUAAUGGAAUUUCUCUAAAAACGUGCGCAACUUGAUCAACAAAUGAAAUAGUUUCAUUGAAUGCGCUUUUAAAAUGAGUGGCGAAUAGGUCACACUUCUCCGGAGCCAGAUUAGCAGUCUGUUCCCUCAAAAACAUAUCAGUAGGUAAUCCGUUCUCCUUCUGCUUGAAGUUUAAGAGUUUCCAAAGCUGUCGGGGAUUAUUGCGCAAGUUUGCUUGUGGUUGAAUGGUGUAGCGUUUGUACAACAAAAGGUUAUCGAUAAUUAUUAUUCGCAGGCGCAAAAAGAUAUUUGGCGAAACGACAGCGUGUACGGCAAUACAAACGAAGUGCCUUAGAUCUGAGUCGUUAAGGAUGUCGUAGAUAUGCAUUAUUCCACGGCGGCCAGCCAAGCGGGAAUUAAUGACGAUAGUGAAAUAUUCAACGGCACAGUCAAUAUUUUCAGCAUGCUCAAGUGCCAUUGUCAAUCUACUUGGUGAAAUUCAAAACCAAGAUCAUUUGUGAUAUCCUCAAAAAUAACAGGUUUCGGCAGACAAAUAAUAACAGAUGAUUCGCAUCAAUCAAAGAAAUAAAUUCAGCAGGUUCGUGGAUCUGACAGUCGGCUAGUACUGUCUCAAUCAAUAAGACAGUCCAGUCCAGGAUAAAACCGUACGACUGGUCACGAAACUGCGAUCGUUUCUAUAAACAGCAUAUGUAUCGUCAGAAAGCUUACCUUACCGUUCAGGCUAGAGCCUUGUUGUAUCUUGAUGUAUGCAGAAGCCGUCUCAACUCCACUCGGUCCAUUGCUGCUUGUCGCCAGCCUCGCAGUCUUCGAAAGGACCGCAGGUUGUCCUCUAUCUGGUCGAUCCACCGUGCUCCCUGUGCGCCCCGUGUUCUUGUUCUUGUAGGGUCGCCCUCAAAAACCAUCUUCACUGGGUCGUCGUCCGACAUUCUUACGACGUAUCCAGCCCACCGCAAACAUCCUAUUUUUGCGGUAUGCGGGAUGGAUGGCUCUUCCAGCAGCUGAUGCAACUCAUGGUUCAUUCGCCUGCGCCAUGUUCCGUUUUCCAUCUGCACGCCAGCAUAGAUGGUACGCAACACCUUUCGUUCGAAUGCUCCAAGGGCGCGUUUUUCCUCCACGAGCAUAGUCCAGGUCUCGUGACCGUAGAGAAGCACCGGUCUAAUCGGCGUCUUGUAGAUAAUCAACUUCGAGCGGCGUCGAAUUUUAUUCGACCGGAGCGUCCUACGGAGUCCAAAGUAGGCACGAUUUCCCGCCAAGAUCCGCCCCUGAGUUUAUCUGCUAAUAUCAUUGUUGGCGGUUACCAGUGAGCCCAAAUACACAAAUUCGUCGACCAUUUCGAUUUCGUCACCGUCAACUCGAACUCGGGAUGGGAGGUCCACAUUGUCGUCUCUAGAACCUCUUCCUCUCAUGUAUUUUGUCUUCGAAAUGUUGAUGGCAAGUCCAAUCCUACUGUCUUCAGCCUUCAGUCUGAUGUACGUUUCCGACAUCGCCUCAAAGUUCCGUGCCAUUAUGUCAAUGUCGUCAGCGAAGCCAAAAAGCUGGACGGACUUCCUGCAGAUCGUGCCACUCGUGUCUAUAACCGCUCUCCUUUUUACACCUUCUAACGCAACGUUGAACAGCAGAUACGAUAAACCAUCACCUUGUCGUAACCCUCUUCGAGAUUCAAAGGGACUCGAGAGUGCCCCUGAUACUCGAACAACGCACAUCACCCGAUCCAUCGUCGCUUUGACUAAUCGUGUUAGCUUAUCUCGAUCGAUUGGGUCAUAUGCCGAUUUGAAAUCGAUGAACAAAUGAUGUGUGGGCACGUUGCAUUCGCAGCACGUCUACAGAACCUGCCGAAUCGCGAAUAUUUGGUCCGUAGGAGCGCGCGAACCCACGAAUCCCGCUUAGUAGUGCCCCACGAACUCCCUUGCAAAUGGUGACAAUCGACGGCAAUGAAUUUGGGAGAAGACCUUAUAGGCAGCGAUAAGUGGUAUGUUCUCGCGGUAGUUGCAGCAAUCCAACUUGUCAUUCUUUUUUGUAGAUAGGGCAAACGACACCCUCCAUCAACUCCUCCGGUAGAGUCUCCUCCUCCCAAAAAGCCAAAAAGCUGCCGAGAAUGAAUCCUAUCAUCUAAUCAUGCCUUGGUGAGAACAAUUAUUUCGUAAUGGAAAGAAGAGAUUGCUUGGAAAACUUCAUCUAUUUUUAUGCGUAGGCCUCGAACGUUCUGGCAAUAAAUCGUCAUUUGACCAUUCAAAUCUUGAGUUCAAGAGUCAAUUCCUCAAAUUCCUCCACUUCAUUUUAAAGAUGAUCGUCUGUUAACCCGUACGCCUAGAUGUUAUCAUUAUUUGAGAGACAAGCCGUACCAUUAGAAGCUACAGCAGGACAUAUGCUGCUGCUUAUGCUUCCUGACUGGAUAGAUUCGAAGCGAUCAAAAUUUCUCAUUUUGACAUUAAAGAUUCACAGCUUCCGUAGAGUCGUGUUCAUCAGCUGAUUGUAAGUGAAAUUUACAUAACCAUUUUUCGAGGCUUUAAAUCCCCUUAAUGUGGUUUUUGCUUCAGGUGAAACUGAGUCAGGUUCCACACUAACCCCAAUUGAUGUCAAAUUGUCAAAUUGUAUGACCUGAGGCCCAACCAAAGCACUACAUAUUCGUCGGUGAGACUGCUUACCACACUUUCAAAUUUAUUCUAUGGCGUCAUGCAUUAUAAUAGGGAACAUGACAAUUCUCCACGAUAUAUUUAAGAAACUGUUGGCUUGAUUUUUUUCUUUUCAUUGUCAUAUUUCCACGCAACUUCACUAUUUUAAGAAACUCAAAUACAUUUGAAGCGAGAAAUUAAAUAAUGUAUCUACAGCCAUUUCAGUAAAGCUAAAAUAUCCAUUAUCUUGGAGUUUCACCCCACAUGAAGCUGUAAAAAUAUCUCUCAGUAAUAAAUUCGUAAAAACAUUCUUGGACCACCGCGACGCUAGCUUCGGCCCGAAGUAUUGAAUGAAAAUCGUUCAAGCAAAGUCCACAUAGUUUUAAGCAUUUUCUUAGUCAUUUUUGCAUCUUCUCACGACGCCGAAUUUCGUACAACAACGAUGAAAUACGACCUUACAAAAAAUUUAACUUAACGUUUCUGGUAGCAAAAUUUAGCUCAGCAAUUUUAUGCAAAAUCAACCAAACUCCACUAUGACAAGAUUAAGACAUCAAAUCUUAUACCACAUACUUUUACAAUUUAAACAAUCUAAAUCCACCAAAGAGUCUCUGUUAGCAAAUAAAUCGAUACUAUUUUAUGGAACUCUUACCAAAUAAAUAAUGUUAGCUUAAAAUGUCCCAACCCAAGCAGAAACAAUUAGUUUCAAGAGAUUCCGCAUCGGACCAAUUUUCAACGAGAGACGAACAAUGAACAAUUGCUGUGAAGUAAAAAGUUUCCUUAAUCAAUUUAUAAAAAAAAAUCAAUUUUUUUCAUACUUCAAUCGCUUAAAAGUAAAUGUACCUAGAAAUUUUUCCUAAACUUUUCAAAUCCCAACUUCACAGAGUCGCUUCAUUUUUUCUUUGAGUUUAAACUCUCAAGCUCAUAAGACUGUAUUUUUUAGGUUCAAUGUAAAGAAGUUGGGUGCAAUAAACGUGCAAUAAUGUGACUGGAAUGCAAUUGUAACUACAUUACACUUGUCUUUCGAAAUUAGUUUCUUUGCUUUUUACAACCAAUGAAAUUUUCCGAGAUAAGAUAAAAUACCGUGCAAUUACAAAAAAAAAACAAUUUCUCGAAAAUAAACUAUGCUGAGAAAGACAGAAAAAUAAUUCACCAAAUAAACUGCCUAUGCAAAUUCAUUAGGUUCACUCAGAUAAGGAUUCCAAAUGUUUACCAGCUCAGUUCAAGAGAUUACCAUUAGUUUAUUCCUAAACCGCCAUAGACAAAAGAAUAAAACGAAAAAAGUUACCACGACCGCAAGAAAAAGUAGGCUGAGGAAUGGUUAAAGGAUUUAAAAUUGUGAUUCAUGUGCCCAUAGGAAUUACUAUAUUUAUACAUCAGUGAUAGGCAUACCGCAAACUACUGCUAUUACGACUACAACUACUACUUUUACAACUGCUAUCACUACUACUGCAACUGUUAUUAACAUAAAACAAAAAAAAACAAACCAAAAUAACGUGCUACUCAAGUGCUUAGUUUCGUCAUAUUACAUAUCAAGUGGGAAUGAAGGUUUAGGACGCGCAUAUAUUUGAUAGAGUAGUCACAAGGUUAUCGUCACUAUAGAAAUACUAGUUAGGGUGUUAUUAUCAUACUUUGUCAGACUUCAUUUCGCAAACAGAUUUUGUUAAGUUUGACUUAUGUGUUUUUAUUAUUAUUGAAAUUUUAUAAAAAAAAAUCAUAGCCUUCCGGCUGUUAAUAAGUUUAUAAGUUGGCGAACAAGCAAAUCGAACAAUAUUCUAAAAUGUUAAAUGUUAUUCUAAAACAAUUUACAAUGUUCAUGUUUGAUAUUUUACAAUUCUAAUACCGAUUUGAAAAAGACAAACUAGUUUUAAUUUCUUAUUCUAAACAAUUUAAAUCGAAUAAUUCCAACCGAUGUAGAGCUAGCUGAAAGCAUAUUUAUUUGGUUUCUAGCUUAGUGCAUAAGUUUAGGAUUUGUUUAAUUCUUUGAAAAGAAAACUGCUGCUAGUCAACGGUUCAAAUUUUGUUUGAGCCUCAUAAUAAAUUCAAACCCGUAUUUUUUGUUCUAAAACUCCAAACCAUAAAAAUCGCAUCCUGUCAAAUAAUUGAUUACAAUGUGUAAAUUGAAACAGAAUAAUUAAUAAAUAGUUAAAAUGAUACAGCUCAGCUAAGAUUGUGAUUUAGUAAACAAGUGAAAUAAAGAAACAAAAACACACUACACCGUAAAAUAAGCUUACAAAGUAAUGGAAAAUAACCGUUUGUAAAGUUUGCUAUACCACACACGUACACAAACAACAUCCGUUACCGCGACAUGAAAUCAUUAGCAGGCAAUUUGAAGGAAAACAAUGUUACCAGAACAUCACCAAAACAUAAACACAAACACACUUGUAAAAUAGUCAAACCCCUUUUUUAUAUCAACAGAAUUGAGAGCAAGCAAAAAAAAAAUAAACACAUACAAACACACUGUAUUUAAGCCUCUACUCGUGUAUUUGCUAUAAACUUUAAGGUACGAAACCAAACCAGCAUGUCACUUAUCCGGAAAUAAGUGACACUAAAAGAAGAAUCAUGUUCGAACAAUAUGGGUAAUAAGUAAGAGACAGGAGCGAAUGAGUCGUUUCACUACGAGCUAUACAUACUUGUAGGAAAGUCAACAGACACUUCUUUAGGCCACAAAGACGCAAGCACAAGCAAGCUCGCAAGCAAGCAUUAGGAGGAAAAGCUAUUACAUACUUUACAAUUAAAUUAAAAGUGAGCGAAAGGAAAACCAAGCACACUAACCCACGAAUUAUUAAUAAUUAUCUACUCUGUUAUGCAAUGUAAAGGAAUAGCGAAGUCAUACAACAAACUCGUUACUUUUAUUAUUCUUUCGAAGUGGACACAGCAAGCCAAAAGCUUGCGAAACUUUAAUACAUAUACCUAAGCAGCCAUGGAAGUACAUUUCUUCGUCCAUUUAUCGUUACAGGCGGAAAGAGAAUUAUAAACUGUUUUGGAUAGUUCUGAGAACGGGCAGGAAGUAUAAGAAGAUGUUGUCGCGAAUAAAUAUUUAUUAUUUUUUCUAAUAAACAAUUUUCGAAUCAAGAGAAA